AUGUGCCCCAAAGGGAACUACUGUGUGUUUUUGUUCCUGCUCAGAAGUGUGCUGUCGGAACCAGGAACCACGAACCAAGUGGUUCUGCUGGACACCACAACAGUCCUGGGUGAGCUGGACUGGAAGACCUACCCAGUGAACGGGGUGGGGCAGGAGCCAGAGCAGGAGCCAGAGCAGGAGCUAGAGCAGGAGCUAGAGGAGGAGCUAGAGCAGGAGCUAGAGCAGGAGCUAGAGGAGGAGCUAGAGCAGGAGCUAGAGGAGGAGCAAGAGGAGGAGCUAGAGCAGGAGCUAGAGGAGGAGCUAGAGCAGGAGCUAGAGCAGGGGCUAGAGGAGGAGUUAGAGCAGGAGCUAGAGCAGGGGCUAGAGGAGGAGCUAGAGGAGGAGCUAGAGCAGGAGCUAGAGGGGGAGCUAGAGCAGGAGCUAGAGCAGGGGCUAGAGGAGGAGCUAGAGGAGGAGCAAGAGGAGGAGCAAGAGCAGGGGCUAGAGGAGGAGCUAGAGGAGGAGCAAGAGGAGGAGCUAGAGCAGGAGCAAGAGGAGGAGCUAGAGCAGGAGCUAGAGCAGGAGCUAGAGGAGGAGCUAGAGCAGGAGCAAGAGGAGGAGCUAGAGCAGGAGCUAGAGCAGGGGCUAGAGGAGGAGCUAGAGGAGGAGCAAGAGCAGGAGCUAGAGCAGGAGCUAGAGCAGGGGCUAGAGGAGGAGCUAGAGGAGGAGCAGGAGGAGGAGCUAGAGGAGGAGAAAGAGGAGGAGCUAGAGCAGGAGAAAGAGGAGGAGCUAGAGCAGGAGCUAGAGCAGGAGCUAGAGGAGGAGCAAGAGGAGGAGCUAGAGCAGGAGCUAGAGCAGGGGCUAGAGGAGGAGCUAGAGGAGGAGCAAGAGCAGGAGCUAGAGCAGGAGCUAGAGCAGGGGCUAGAGGAGGAGCUAGAGGAGGAGCAAGAGGAGGAGCUAGAGCAGGGGCUAGAGGAGGAGCUAGAGGAGGAGCAAGAGGAGGAGCUAGAGCAGGAGCAAGAGGAGGAGCUAGAGCAGGAGCUAGAGCAGGAGCUAGAGGCGGAGCUAGAGCAGGAGCAAGAGGAGGAGCUAGAGCAGGAGCUAGAGCAGGGGCUAGAGGAGGAGCUAGAGGAGGAGCAAGAGCAGGAGCUAGAGCAGGAGCUAGAGGCGGAGCUAGAGCAGGAGCAAGAGGAGGAGCUAGAGCAGGAGCUAGAGCAGGGGCUAGAGGAGGAGCUAGAGGAGGAGCAAGAGGAGGAGCUAGAGCAGGGGCUAGAGGAGGAGCUAGAGGAGGAGCAAGAGGAGGAGCUAGAGCAGGAGCUAGAGCAGGAGCUAGAGCAGGAGCUAGAGGAGGAGCUAGAGCAGGAGCAAGAGGAGGAGCUAGAGCAGGAGCUAGAGGAGGAGCUAGAGGAGGAGCAAGAGCAGGAGCUAGAGCAGGAGCUAGAGCAGGGGCUAGAGGAGGAGCUAGAGGAGGAGCAGGAGGAGGAGCUAGAGGAGGAGCAAGAGGAGGAGCUAGAGCAGGAGCAAGAGGAGGAGCUAGAGCAGGAGCUAGAGCAGGAGCUAGAGGAGGAGCUAGAGGAGGAGCAAGAGGAGGAGCUAGAGCAGGAGCUAGAGCAGGGGCUAGAGGAGGAGCUAGAGCAGGGGCUAGAGGAGGAGCUAGAGGAGGAGCAAGAGGAGGAGCUAGAGCAAGUGCUAUCCACUCAGCCAGAGCAGGAGCUAGAGCAGGAGCAAGAGCAGGGGCUAGAGGAGGAGCUGGAGGAGGAGCCAGAGGAGAAUCUAGAGCAGGAGCUAGAGCAGGAGCUAGAGCAGGAGCUAGAGGAGGAGCUAGAGGAGGAGCUAGAGCAGGAGCUAGAGCAGGAGCUAGAGCAGGAGCUAGAGGAGGAGCUAGAGCAGGAGCUAGAGCAGGAGCUAGAGCAGGAGCUAGAGCAGGAGCUAGAGGAGGAGCUAGAGCAGGAGCUAGAGGAGGAGCUAGAGGAGGAGCAAGAGGAAGAGCUAGAGCAGGAGCUAGAGCAGGAGCUAGAGCAGGAGCUAGAGCAGGAGCUAGAGCAGGGGCUAGAGCAGGAGUUAGAGCAGGAGCUAAAGGAGGAGCCGUAG